AUGUCACAACAAAAGAGAGACAUAGUCGUUGUUGGAGGAGGAGUCCUUGGACUUUCGACUGCUUUGGUUCUUGCUGAACGUUUGAAUAAAAGUCAUCGGAUAACUGUUAUAAGUGAGUUUUUGCCAAGCGAUAAGACUUAUGCCCCAGAAUACACUUCGCCAUGGGCAGGAGCCCACUUUCGACCAUUUCCUAGCAAAUCUGAAUCUGAGCUCAGAGAAUACAAACUUAAUAGACUUACUCAAAAGCAUUUUCGCUAUCUUGCAAAGCUGAGGCCAGAAUCGUCGGUAGCCUUUAUUGAGGGUGUGGACUAUAUCGACAAUCCUGAUCAGUUCUACUCAAACGUCACGGAAGGCUACUCUGAAGAUAUGAAUGAUUUUAAAUUAAUUCCUAAAGAACAAUUGCCUAAGAAUGUUAACUUUGGAGCUUCGUACGAGACGUGGGUUUUGAAUCCUCCUAUUUACUUGAAUUUCCUCCUCGAACAGUUGGCUAGUUAUAAGGUUUCAUUUGUACAAAAAAGGCUCAAUUCUCUCAAGGAAGUCAAAGAUAUUAGACCUAAUAGCAUCAUUGUGAAUUGCUCUGGAAUGGGACUACAAUACUACGGAGGAUAUGAUCCAAAGUCAUAUCCAAUUCGUGGUCAGACUCUCUUGGUAGAGCCUCCACCCAAUGCGGACCGUAAAGCAACAGUUACUCAUCAACUGAAGAAUGGUGAAUGGACCUUUUACAUCCCGAGACCAUUAAGUAAUGGUAUAAUUAUUGGGGGAACUAAACAGCCUGAGAACUAUAGCAAUAAAGUAAGCGACGAGGACACCCGAGCCCUUAUACAAAGAGCAAGUCAAUGGUACCCGCAGUAUAUGAAGACAAAUAAUAAUGGCAAAAAGUAUUUUGACAUUAAGAAAAUAAACGUUGGAUUCAGGCCAGCUAGAGAAGGGGGACUCAAGCUUGAUAUUGAACAAAUCGAUAAAACUGUUAUUGUAAACAAUUACGGCGCUGGAGGUAUGGGUUAUGAAUUAAGUUAUGGCUCUGCACUCGAAGUUUACAAUCUAAUUGAAAAAAACUUGAGACCAAAAGUAAAAUUAUGA